AUGCCGAAUGGAGCGGAGAAACCCAUCGCUUUUUACUCCCGUACCUUAUCCAAAGCUGAGCGAAAUUAUGCUCAGAUUGAUCGAGAAGCUAUUGCCUUGGUAGCAGGAGUAAAGAAGUUCCACAACUACGUCUACGGUCGUACUUUCACACUAGUCACCGAUCAUCGACCUCUGUUGGGUAGUUUUACCACAUCGAAAGCAAUCCCAAACAUUAUUUCAAAUCAGAUGCUACGUCGAUCUUUGUUCCUGUCAGCAUAUACUUUCGAGCUAGUACACCGCUCCGGAUUAAAAAUGGGCAAUGCGGAUUUUCUAAGUCGUUGUCCACUGUCAGCAGCAUCGGACGCUGUUAGCACCGACGAUGUGCUUAUGAUCGAAUUAGCAGCAACGCCAAUCAUAAGUGCUGAGGCGAUUGCCGCUCAAACAUCGAAGGACCCCUUAUUGGCGAAAGUAUCAAACUGGGUGUUAAGGGGAUGGCCUGACAUGAAAUUGGAGCAAUCAGAUAUAGCAUAUCCAUACUAUUGCCGUCGGGAACAGCUCUCUACAAAUAAAGGAGUUUUGAUUUGGGGAAAUCGCGCCGUAGUUCCACCGAAAUCCAGAGCAACAAUUUUAGCUGCUCUACAUGCCGCUCAUCCAGGCAUUGUAAAAAUGAAGGCGUUAGCGCGUAGCUAUGUUUGGUGGCCAAACAUUGACGCUGAGAUUGAGCUUAUUGUUAAGAAAUGUAUUCCAUGCCAGCAGAAUCGUAACGAUCAUUCAGAGGCACCGGUGCAUCAUUGGGAGUCAGCCAAGCGGCCGUGGUCCCGUCUACACAUCGACUUUGCAGGACCUUUUCAAGGAAAAACCUUUCUUCUGGUCGUGGAUUCUUACUCAAAAUGGCUAGAGGUUGCGGUUGUUAGCUCCACUUCUACAGCGGCUACAAUCAAAGUUCUCAGGCAACUGUCCGCUACGCAUGGGUUACCAGAUCAGUUAGUGUCAGACAAUGGCACAGCAUUUACCUCCGAAGAGUUCAAGGCAUUCGACACAUUAGAUCAGCACCGUUUCACCCAGCAACAAACGGCCAAGCAGAGCGAAUGGCACCAUCAGCAACUGAUGACAACACGGAAGAUCCUGUUUCCAGUAACCACUCUAGGCCAGACAGUCCUAUUCAAGAUGAUCCACAGUCAUUGCAUGCCUCACCGAUGCUACGACGUUCUGCUCGCAUGA